CACACACAUAUUCAGUAUACACAUACCAUCAAACCACAUCAAUCAGACGCACACCACGACGCAAAUACUCUAUCUAUUCUAUUCAAUCUUAUUCGCAUAAGAUGAUGAUUUUGUCAUGUAAAAGCAUAUGUAAUAAGAUUUAUAUCGCUUUAAAUUAUGUGAAAUAACAUUUCAAAAUAAUUCCGAAUUCGAAAUGUGUUAGACUUUACGACGAAAGUCAUGCUUCAAUGGUCGUUAUAACAUUUAGCAAUUGUUAAUGAAAUUGUGAAUGUAAUAAUGUUAUAUACACACACAUCUCAUGCAUAAUAUUGAUACAAUUUAUUUUUUGUUUAAAAGUGUUGAAGUGUACAGUGUGUGGGAUAUUUUCUUUUUAAUCCAUGGGUGUUAAAAUAUGGUAUACUGAAACGUAAAUAUUGAUUGCAUUAAGUGGGCGUUAUAUGUCAAAUUAAAAAACCAUAUUUUUAAUUAUGGAAAUUGUUAAUAUUAUUCGAAUUCCAUCUACAGUUACGGAUAUUAGAUACGUGUAGAACUGCUAUAUAAUAAAUUUGUAUGCAGUAAAAGAAACGCGAUCGAUGUAUCGUGGCAUUAUGGAGAAGUUUGUGAUUGACUUGGACAAAGUUCUGAACGAUUUUGAAUUCAACGAAGAUUGCGCAGAACAAGUGGCAUCAGUAGCAACUUCUACAAUCGAUGCAUCUGCUACAGAUGUUAGACAUGCCAUUGAAUCCGUGCCUUCAAAAAUACAUUAUAAUAUUAAUUCUGGGAAAAGUAUAGCGAUUGAUGCAAUACCAUCUUUUGAAAAACACAGAGAGAUAGAUGUCGAUUGUGGAUAUUCAUUAACCGAAAAGGCUGUAGUGUCAGUAUCUGAUAGCAAGGAUUCUGUAAACAAUUUUUACACACAUGAUUGUGUUAGUGACAAAUCGGGACAGAAAUGUGUUCAUACACAUGCUUCUGAUCAAAUGACAAUAUAUAAUGACAUUUCGUAUAACUUAAUGCAGAAACAACAGAAUGGAAGUAAUGAUACAAAAGAUAGAUACGACAAAAAGUUGAAUCAACCAAGUUUCAAGCCUAGUAUUAGCAAUGUGUUUAAUAGUUUAAAUGAAUAUAUUAAUGCUCCUACUGGAAGUUUAAGUUAUGUUCAACCUGUGUUAGAUGAUCUACCUAAAAUAUCUGUAGAUAAUACAGCAGAAGAUUUUAUAUUGAGUAAAGAUGUAGCAACUAAUAAAUGUUUAAUUCCAAAGAAAAAAGACUUAAUGGAUAUAACUGAUGAAAAUGUCUUGGAUUACAAAAAUAUCUUGCCAAUGGAAGCAAGUACGUAUGUCAAAGUUGAAACUGAUAACAAACAGGAUAAUGUGAUGCAGAAUGUGUCUCAACACUCUACUCUGAUGCAAUCUGAAAAAAAUAGCAAUGCUGUAAUCUUUGCAUCAAGCGCAACUAUUUCAAAGAACAAACAUGAUAAUGUUACUGCAGGUACAGAAAUAUUUAAAACUGAUGUUAAUGAAAAACCUUUGGUCACUGAUGGCACGUUUAAAAAUAUUUAUGAAAAUACUGUUGAUGACCAAAAGCAUUUAGAUCUAAAGGAUCAGAAUCUUAUUGAUAAAUGUAUAUUUAUUGAAAAUAAGAGAAGCAAUUUUGUAGUAAAAAAUAACACAAAAUUAGAUACGAGUACAUUGAAGAAUGAAGAUCUGAAUGAAAAUGUGAAAACGGUUAAGAGUAGCAAUAUUUUAUCUAAUAUAUGUAUGAUGCAUACAACUGAUACUAGUGAUGAUUUUUCUGAAGAAAAUUUAAAUCAAUAUUUGUUAGAGUUAGAAAAGGAAGAACAAUCUAAGAUGGAAGGUAUAUCAUCACAUAUGGAUGAUAUUUGGUCAUUAAAGACAUAUGAUGAAAUAAAAGAUAGUAAAGAAAACACUGUGAGUUAUCGAGAUAAUGUUAAUGAAGUACCAAUACUUGAGAGGAUUAUGAUUGGUGAACUUCCAAAAAUAUCUGAUGAAGAAGGCAUUCAAGAGAAAGUACAAAACUCCAUAAAUGAUUAUAUGGAUGCACAUAAUAAAAAUAUAAGGGAUGUAGAUUGUAAUGAUACAAUAAAAAUUGUUUUAAGUGAAAAUAGUUCUGACAAACAAACUAAUAAGCUGGAUAAAAUGAUAAAAGCUAAGGAUGUAAUUGAUCAAGAUAUAAUCACAUCGGAGGAUAUCUCACAGGCCGUAUCAAAUGUUGCUGCUGAUGUGAAAGUAACAUCAAACUUUGAAAAUGUUAGAGAACAGGAUUGCAAUAUUAAUGUGACACAGGAAUUACAACAAGAUAAUACAGAUACGCGAUUACAAGAUAACAAUAAUGAUGCUGUAAGAAAUGUAUUGGAAAAUAAAGAUUAUAAUGAAAAAGUAUACUACCAAGAUAUUACUGAAGAUAGUAAAGAUAUUACAUUACAUGAUAACAGGAUACACGAUAGUAAUUUAAUCUCUAAAAUGGAAAUUGAUGCUUGUACAAUCUCUUAUACAAAUGAAAAUAAUCAGGAAACCGAGAAACCAACUCGUCCUCAGACAUUGGAUAUUGUUUCGACGCAUAAAAACGAUAGCCAUAUUCUUGGAUCUUUAAGCACUACACCAGUUGAAGUGGAACAUUCAGAAACCACAGGAGGCAUUAUUGAUGAAGAUCGGGGUGCUUCAUCAGAUGUUUCUGAUAAUUCAUUAGUCGAAUGUAAUAAUACCAUAUUGGGAAAGCAACCACUUUGGGUUCCAGAUAGCGAUGCACCUAGUUGUAUGUUAUGUGAUAUUAAGUUUACUGUACUUAAAAGACGUCACCACUGUCGGGCUUGUGGUAAAGUAUUAUGUAACAAAUGUUGCAAUAUGAAAUACAGAUUGGAAUAUCAAGGAAACAUCGAUUCUCGCGUUUGUGUUCCGUGUUAUCAUUUACUCACGAAAGCUGAGAACGAGCAGGGAACAAAUUAUAAUUGGCCAACUAAUUAUAAUUCAUAUGCUGAUUCUAGUGAUGCCAAUUCUUUGCAGGGGAGACAACCUAAUCCAAAUAAUCCCAUGGAGUAUUGCUCAACUAUACCACCCUUGCAACAGUUAGCUGGCGGUUUACCACCACCACCAACAGUGAUGGUACCUGUGGGCGUUUUAAAAAGAGAAGGUUCAAAACAUCGUACAGAAGGACAAAAAUCUGUAAUGUUUAGUGAUGGAAUAAGGCCUGGCUGUGACCUGACAGAGCUAGACACGUGUUGGGAUCCGAAGCCGUCGUAUCGUAAGCAAGGAAAUAAACGGAUUUUUGCAUCGGGAUCUACGUUGACGGAGACCACCGCGAGGAAACAAAGUCAUCCUCUUCUAGACAAUAUAACUAACAGUUAUAUACCGCAUGAUCCUAAUUUAUUGCCUCCAAUCGUCACUAUACACAAAGGCCAAAUUACGUACCACCCCCCCAUGGAUGAGAGCGCGCUUUAUAAGACGCUCAAAAAUGAAUGCGAAUCACCUGUAAUGUUUGCGAUCAAUCGAAAUCUAUAUGUGUAUGUGAAAAUAAUUAAUUUAAAUUGCUGUGUAAAUAAGAUCUGCUGGAACGUGACAUCGAGAGGUCUUGCUUGCGUCGGCCAGGACGAAGUAAUUUUAUUAAUUGAGAUAUUACCGGAUGAAACACGAAUUCCAAGGGAUCUUCUCACAUAUAUCAAUCAACUAUAUCUCGAAGCUAUUAAAGGUAAUACAAUAACAGAACUCGGAUUUUCGAUAUAUCAAGGUAGCAACCUGUUGGGUUCGCGCGAGCAUACGGGAUUUCUUUUUAUUCGUCAAACAUUACAAUGUUUACAGAAAAUUAUUUUGCCACCUGCACCUUUCCUAAUCGGACUCCUGAUUCAUAGGUGGGAAACUCCAUGGGCUAAAGUAUUUCCAUUAAGACUUGUUUUACGUCUUGGUGCGGAAUAUCGUUAUUAUCCUUGCCCAUUAGUGUCCGUUCGUUUUCGGGAUGCGUUAUACUUUGAGAUUGGACAUACGGUCAUGAAAGUAUUAGCGGAUUUUAGAAAUUUUGGAUAUACUUUGCCAGGAGUAAGAGGCUUAACAAUUCAUCUGAAAAAUCGUACGACGGACGUUAUGUUUCCUAGAAAUCGAUAUGACCAAGUUAUAAAAGGGCUUUAUAACUCAAAUGAUCACGUACUGGCUUAUGCUUCAAAUUUUAGUAUAGCCGCGGAUUCACAUUUAGUUUGUAUACAAACAAAUACUGGCGACGAAAGCAAUUAUCAAACACAAGCGAUAAAUAUUCACAAUAAGCCCAGAACAGUAACUGGUGCUAGUUUUAUUGUCAUCAAUGGAGCUUUGAAAUCAUCAAUGGGACUUUCUGCCAAAUCUAGUAUUGUAGAGGAUGGAUUAAUGGUGGAAAUAAUGCCAGAAAAAAUGGAAGCAUUGAAAGCUGCUCUUAAAAAUAUGCAAGAUUUUUCAAUCGGUUGCGGACGUCAGGGAGCACCGGAACCGGACGAGACCGUAAAUAUUAAGUGGGUCGAAAACGAUGUGCUGUUCAAUUUAGGAGUCAAAAGUCCCAUUGAUGGGCAACUAAUGGACGGUAUACCAUCUAUUAGAGUACAUAAUGGCACCGAUUAUAGAGGCGCAACCCGAUUCAUACGUUGGACAGAAGUAUUUAUUAUAAAAUCAGAUGAUCAUUCAAAUGGCGUCAAUGAUCCUGUAGACAUAAAUAAACUGUCUGGAAACAUAGCGAAGGCAACAUGUACGGCAUUGGUUAAACUGUUGGAUCUUUUGGCGACAGCAGGUUUAACGAAGCUUGGAGUGCGAGCAACUAUUCACUCAGACAAUGUGGGCUAUGAAGCUGGAAGCGAGGGUAUAAAAUUGCCACCUAUUUAUAUGAAGAGCUUAGAUAAUGAAUUAAUUCAAGUUUUACAUAAAGCUGCACAAAACAGUCAGGAUGCACAUACAGUGCUUGAAUUGAUAUUCUAUGUACUUGAAGAUUGAAAAGGUAGUAUGUACUCUAUAUAUUUUUUAAUUGGUGAUGUUUUAGAAUAAUAUAAUUUUUAUUCA